UUGAUUGUGUAUCUGUAUAAAGUGCGCCUGCAUGUCAUUGCUGGCCCGGGGGCUGGGACGGUGGAGGCGAUCCGCGCGUCCGACUUCCGAUCCGGCGGUUACGUCCGCGGCGCGAUGGCGCGCUUGUUCGAUGUCGACGACAGCAUUGACCAAGAUGCUCUGGUUGCCACUCUGUACGAUGACGAUGAGUAUGACGAUCUGCUGGCCCAGGCCGGCCAUCACCGCAGCAGCAAGCGUGCUCGGACCAGCGAGGCCACCCUGCAGGGCCUGCCGGAGGUGACGGCGGGCCGCUCGCGCGAGGGGGAGGACUGCGCCGUCUGCCUGCAGGCCUUCUGCGCCGACGAGAAACUCAGGGCGAUGCCCUGCUCCCACGCCUUCCACCAACACUGCAUCUCCGAGUGGCUCCGCCGCAACGCCGUCUGCCCGCCCUGUCGCCACCAGCUGCCGCCCGCCGACGCCGACGCCGACGCCGACGAGCAGAUUGCUAUCUAGUUGAGGAUCCAUGGUGGUGCCUUCUGCUUGCUACUGAUGAUUUCUCUUGUCUUGUACCCGCUAGGGGAUCGGAGAAUUAUGUAAUGUUAUUACGAAACAGAGAUUGCAGCUUGUCAGAUCCUUGUUCACUGAAAACGCUCUACUACCGAUGGAUGCUAUAUCUCUUCUUGCAAUGCAAUGGUACAAACAGCAGAAUGUUUAGGAACAAAAACAUCCCUUUUUUCCUGUAAUCAGAUCAGAU